CCUCUCGCGAGACUUGCGGGGGAUGAUGUCGCGAGAAGCAGCCGAGGACCAUAGAGAGCGAGGGAGGCUAGCUAGAGCGGCGGAGGGGCGGAGUCUCUGGUGUGAACGCCCGGGGGCGCGGCUGGUCCUACGUAGACUCGCGAAGCGUAGAGACUCCAGCCGUGGUCGCUUCCCGGGCCGCUCAUGCCUUGGGCUCUGUGGAAGACUUGCCCCUUUGAAUCCCGUGUCGGGGCACGGCCCUGUCUGCACCGUGGAGAGCCGGGCUGGUGGCAGCAAGCAUGACUCGUCCCCCUAGCUUAGCCCAUAUCUUGCGCUAGCGUAGAGGCACCAUGUCACAAAUAAACACAGAAAGCACACACUGGUUAUAUAGCUAUCGCUAUUUAUGUACUUGUCUGUUGACCACCCCAAUGUGGGGCAAAUGGUUACCGGGGUUUUUUCCUCCCCAGGUCCACAGGGAGCCCAAGAGAAGUAGAUGACUUUUUUCUUGCUCUCCUGCAAACCCAGUAGGAAAAUCCAACCCCACAAUUUGCUUGGUUUCCGGACCACAUCCUGUGGCCUCCCGGGAGAUGCCCUCGCCUGCUUCCUGUGUACGCCUUGUCUCUGAGGCGUUGGCAGGUGUGCAGCUUUCUAUGGAAAUGAUGUCGGGCGAUUCAGGGACACCGGUGGCCACAGCGCCCCCGCCCCCUGCAAGCAGAGCAUUCUUGGGGAUGCCACAGAGUCUCCCCUGGACCCCUGCGCACCUGCAGCAUGGGCCCAUCGCUCCCAACCCUGCCGUGGCUGCUGCUCUUAGUCCUGGGUCAGGACGUAGUCCAGAGUCAAGGCCCAGGCCUGCCUUCUCCCCUGAGGCUGGACGGAGAUCACACCAUUGCAGGGCUGUUCCCAAUUCACCGCAUGAGGGGCUACCGGAAGAAAACCAGGCCAGAGGUGGAUGUUUGUGAGAGCAUACCUGAGCCGAGUCUCCACGGGUACCACCUGGUCCAGGCCAUGCGGUUUGCCGUGGAGGAAAUCAACAAUGCCAGCAACCUCCUGCCCGGCCUCACCCUGGGCUAUGAGAUCUAUGACACCUGCUCCCUCUCGUCCACCAUCUACGCCACGCUGAGCCUCCUGGCCCAGGGCAAGGGCCGCCGGCACCUCGCAGUAGCUGCCAACUACACGUCCUACCUGCCCACAGCGGUGGCUGUAAUUGGACCCGACGCCAGCGAAAAUGCGCUCACAACAGCCGGUCUGCUGGGCCUCUUCCAAGUGCCAGAGGUGAGCUACGAAGCCUCCAGCCCCACGCUGAGCGAGAAGCGCACCUACCCCUCCUUCCUGCGCACCAUCCCCAGUGACCGCCUGCAGGUGGAGGCCCUGGUGCGCCUGCUGGGGACGUUCAACUGGACGUGGGUGGCGGUGGUGAGCAGCGACAACACCUACGGCCGCCAGGGGCUGCAGAUGCUGCGGGAAGUGGCCACCAACACGGGCCUCUGCUUCGCCUACCAGGGCGUCAUGCCCAGCGACGAGCCCAUCGGGAGCCUGGCGCUGGUGGCCCCGGUGCAGGAGCUGGUGGGCUCCCGCGCCCACGUCGCCAUCGUCUUCGCCAACAAGCACAGCGCCCUCCCGUUCUUCCACGAAGUGGUUCGGCAGAACGUGACCGGGAUGGUGUGGCUGGGCACCGAGGACUGGUCUCUGGCCCAAGAAAUCUGGGAGAUCCCCGGCGUCUGCGGCACCGGCACCGUCCUAGGGCUCUCCGUCCAGCGGGAGCACCUGCCGGGACUGAAGCCCUUUGAAGCGGCUUCUGCCCGUGUGGAGAACGCCAGCGCCCACCUGGACCGCUGGGGCAGCAGCGCCUCCCUCCGCCAGGACUCCGGGGAAGACUGCAGCCCGCUCUGCACCCAGUUCUCCAGGCCCCUUGCAGCCGCCAGGCAGGAGGCUUCGCCCUACGACAUGCAGGGGGCCUUUAAUGUCUACGUGGCCGUGUAUGCCCUGGCACACAGCCUCCAUGGCUUGCUGGGUUGCCAGGCGGGCACGUGCCGCAAGGACACCGUCUACCCCUGGCAGCUCCUGAAGGAAGUGAAGCAGGUGAAGUUCAGCCUGAGCGGCAGGGAGAUCCAUUUCGACUCCUUCGGGGAUCCUCUGACGGGCUAUGAUGUCGUCCUGUGGAAAUGGAUGGGCCGGGCCUGGUCCUACAGCAUCAUUGGCUCUUUCGACAGGAAUCCAGACCGCCUGAGCAUCAACUGGGAAAGGCUGCUGUGGCACACGGAAGAUAAUCAGGUUCCUGUCUCCGUGUGCUCCCAAGAGUGUGGCGUGGGAGAGCAGAAGGUGCGCCACGGGAUACACCGGUGCUGCUUCCACUGCGUGGCCUGUUCCGCAGGGACCUUCCUGAACAAAAGCAACGUCUAUGCCUGUCAGGAGUGCAGGGAAGACCAGUGGGCCCCGGCCAGGAGCGAGGCCUGCUUCAGCCGCGUCGCCGUGUUCCUGCCGUGGGGCGACAAAAUCUCUCUGGCCCUCCUGGUGGCCAUCACCCUCCUGCUGGUGCUGCUGCUUGGGACCAUGGCCGUCUUUGCCCAGCACCGGCACACGCCCGUGGUGAGGUCGGCCGGGGGCUGGCUGUGCUUCGCCAUGCUGGCCUCCCUGGCCUGUGCCAGCCUCAGCCUCUAUUGCUACUUCGGGGCCCCCAACAGACUCUCCUGCCCGCUGAGAUACCCUAUGUACAACCUCAGCCUCACCAUCUGCCUCUCCUGCAUGUUGGCCCGCUCGGUGCAGAUCGUCAUCGUCUUCAAGUGGGCCUCCAAGGUGCCCCGCCUGUACGAGGCCUGGAGGGCGCGCCAUGGGCCUCUCUGGCUCAUCGGCACCGUCGUCGCUCUGCAAGGUCUGAUCCUCCUCCUCUACCUGAGCCACGGCGGCCUGUCCGUUCCCCAAAAGAACUACGCCUUUCAGGGCCUGGUGGUCCUCGAGUGCCAGAGCAGCUGUGCGCUGAUCCUGGAAUUUGGGCCGCUCUACAACGGCCUGCUGGGCCUCCUUUGCUUUGCCAUCUGCUACAUUGGGAAGGACCUGCCCAACAGCUACAACGAGGCCAAGUGCAUCACCGGCAGCCUCUUCCUCUACUUCCUCUCCUUCCUCUUCUACUCCACCGUCUUGGGCAUGUACCACGGCAAAUACCUGCAGGCCAUCAUCAUGGCCUCCCACUUCACCACUCUCUGUGGGAUGUUCGGGAACUACUUCGCCCCCAAGGCCUACGUCAUCCUCUGCCGACCCGAACGCAACACCAACGAACACUUCCAGAUGUCCAUCCAGAGCUACACGCAGAGGGGCCAUGAGUGAGGAGGUAGAGAAGCCCGGCCGUGUGGGUGGAUGGAGGCAGGGCCAGCCUCCACGCCCAACCCCAAGGGCCCUGCAGGCGGCUGUGCGAGGUGGCAGCCAAGAAUCCAGGGAGGCCUCUAGAGCAGGCGUUCCCAACCUCGGCUCACCCAGAGGGUGCUGGGCUUGCAACUCCCACGGCCCCCAGCCACAGGAGCCAAAAGCUGGGGACCUAAGGUAUGGAACCCCUGAGCUAGUGGCCCGGUCGUGCAGGCCAACGCAUGUCACAGCACCAGCUGUGGGAGGGGCAGCUUUGAGCCCAAGAAGCAGAGGGGAGGGGGGAAGAAGCACAUGGCACCCCGGAGAGAUCACAGCAUGCCUGUACUUAGACAGUUGCAUUGGCUGCCGAUAUGCCUCCAGGCAAAACAAAGUGCAGUGGGUGAUCACCUUCAAAGCUCUGAGCGGCUCAGGUCCAGGUGACCUCAGAGAGCACCGUUUUCUGCCUGAUCCUCACUGCACAGGCAUCUGGAGAGAUGCCACUGGUUCCUCUGGUGGCGACUUGGGACCAGAUUUUCUCCAUAGCUGCUCCUAAGCUGAGGGAUGCCCUGCCCGCAGAAAUCCAGAGCUUAACAACGUUGAUAUCCUUCAAGAGAGCUCUCAGGACCUGCUCUUCUCGUCCGGCCUUCCAGAGUUUUCAAACUGUUUAUGUGGUUUUUGUUUUGCAUUGUUUUACUGGUUUUCAGUGAUUAUGUUUUGUUUUGUUUGUUGUAAGCUGCUCAGAGUUAACAGAUGGCAGCAUAGAAAUAUAAUAAAGAAAAAUAAAAAUAACAAUCCUGGCACAUGUCAUCUGCUGACAGAUGUGUGCAGGAAAGCUUAAACGA